AUGCUUCUAAGUAGAGUGAUGUAUAAGAUAAAGAAUUAGCAGAGAAAUACCCUCUCAUUCAAGCAUAUACAGGGAGUGAAAAGAUUAUCUUCAAAGUUCUUAAAAGAGGGAAAGAAUAUGCCUAAAGAUGAGCUCUUUGAAUUGAUAAACAAAAUAAGAUCUGAGGCACAAAAAGCAGGGUAGUAUAUUCAUGGCAAUUUAAAGUUGAAUUUUUUCGCUAAUUACUCAGCAAUUCUGCAGGGAUUGCUAUCCAGAAUUGAUAUUAUAUUUGACAAGAUCUUAAAUAUUCAGAAUAAGUUAGAGGGGAAAGUUGAGCCUAAGAAGCAACAACCAGUUGAAAAGAUUAAGUCUACAAACUAACCAAUUAAAAAGAAAAGCAAUUGUCCUAUAUUGGAAUGCACAGAUAAAUCUAGAGACGACAAGCUUUGCUUUAUUCAUUCUGGAACUAAUCCCGUGACUACUGUGAAAUUCUACCCUUGUAAUGAGGGCUUUGUAUGUGAUUUAGACUAUAAUAGAGAUGAACUUGCUUGGGUCAAUAGCACUUAAUAAUUUACAUAAUCUUCAACUGAUCCUAACCUCAGUGCAGUAUAUUAAAAAAAGACUCAAGCUUAUUGUGUUUCUUUAGAAAAGUUCAAGUAUAACUUAUUAGCAGGGAGAUAAUGCUUACACAACUCACAAUGUUAUCAAAGAAAUUGUUAUUUUGGAAUUUGUCGAGGAAAAAGUUCAGGGGAGGAAUGCGCCAAUCACUAGGAAUGUGACAUAGGUCUUACUUGUAGGCAUUAAAUGGAAUGGCCUUACAACACUUUAUGCUUACCUUUUAAAUUGCCAGGCGAGGAGUGUGAUCAUGAUUUUGAUUGCGAAAUGAAUUACAAAUGCUGGUACCCUUCUGAAACUCAUUCUAAAAAUAAAACUAAAACCUGUAUGACUGCCUAUUCACUCGCUGAUGGAGCAUCAAUAGGAUAUCGGUAAAUUCAUAAUGAAAACUUAAAACAUCAGAAUUUCCUUGAAAACGGUAAAGUGUGCAAGUCAAUGUUUGCUGUACCUACAGGCACUUAUUCAGGCAAGUGUGCUUCAUAUAACUCAGCAGAUUCUAAUGCUUGUUCCCCUUUCGUCACCUAAACAAAUAAAGUUUCUCUGAGCACUUGCAAGUAUAACUAUAAUCAAAACUCAGCGACUGAAACUGUCAAAUGUGACUGCUCGAUGAAAGGUAGCAACUUAGGCAUGUGCACCUGGGCCAGUAAGGAAACGCACAUUUUAUAUGCUCAGAAAAUGAGUUACUUGCUAACCUAAAUGGACUAUUGUCAUUCGGCCGACAGAGAAAACUUAAUAGCUUUUGGUGAAUGCGGGUCUAGAGGUACUAAAAAUACUGAUUGGUAAGAAGCUGUAAGAGCUAAAUUAGAGAUUGAAACUUAUGCAUAAAGAAAAGGAGACUCACAAAUUACCUGCAUUGAUGCCUAUCAUCCAAAUAGUCUGUCUAAUUACAUCAGAUCUUAUUACAGUUUUGAUUAAGUAACUGCGAUUUUAUAUGCUGGUGCCAAUAUUUUGAGAAAAGGAUUUGAAAUUGUUAUCUUAACUGGACUUUUUUAUUAUUUUUAUUGA